CGCUGUAUUUGCUGAUUGAAUAAAAAUUCCGCUCACUUGGAAGUGCUCUUCGGUUUUCCGUUCAGUCGUGAUUUUGCACAUUACUUAACACAGCUGAUUGUAUUUUGUGAGAAUAAGUUAAGUACAGAAAACAGGAUGGCGCUGAGGGACGGACAGAGUCUGACGGGAACCACUCCCGACGCGGUGAUGAAGGCCAUCACUCACAAUGUGGCGGCCACCUUGGAGAUCCGCAAUUUCACCCGCUACAACCUGACCAAUCCGCAGACGCAGAUUAAUGCCGGGUAUGUGAAGAUCCCGGCGGAGGAUGUGGAAGCCGGCGUCCGAGAGAUUAUGGCCAUGCACAAGACCGACCACACCGCCACUGGAACAUCGGGAGUUGUCUCGUGGCUGAUAAACGGAUCCAAUGAGCGUCUGGUCAUUAUGUGGUCGGCGCCGUACAGCUUCGACUUCCACAGUAACUGGAUGGGGGUGGGUAUCCAGUCAGCCGGUUUCCAGCUGGACGCCAAAACCUUCAACGAAAUGUACAAGGGCGAAGAGUCGUGGUUUAGGCGAAAAGAGUUCUACAAGGACACAAACCAGCUGGUACUGCAAGGGAGGAACAUUAUCGUCACCGCCACAAUGGGCACAACCCACAAAGCCGAUAUCGUCGUGGAGGUCAAACCGGUCCAAUAACAAGGACAUUUUUACGAGUAGUACAGUGUAUACUAAUACGAUGCCUUACCCCGUUUUAAUUGUAUGUCAAAUGCCUGCUUGCAUUUACAUACCUUUAUCUGUCUUCGUUGAAUUUUUAAUGAACGUUUUAAUUUACGAAGAAUGAGCUGAAGUUUUCUAAAUGCGUACAGACGAUUAAAAAUACCAGAAAGCGGAA